AUGACAUCAGCUGUGGUUGACAGUGGAGGAGGUUCUGUUUUGGAGCUUUCCAGCAGUGGAGUAGAGAAUCAAGAGGAAAGUGAGAAGGUUUCUGACUAUCCAGCAGUGAUUGUGGAGCCAGUUCCAAGUGCCAGAUUAGAGCAGGGCUAUGCUGCCCAGGUUCUGGUUUAUGAUGAUGAGACUUAUAUGAUGCAAGAUGUGGCAGAAGAACAAGAAGUUGAGACCGAGAAUGUGGAAACAGUGGAAGCAUCAGUUCAUAGCAGUAAUGCACACUGCACAGAUAAGACGAUUGAAGCUGCUGAAGCCCUGCUUCAUAUGGAAUCUCCUACCUGCUUGAGAGAUUCAAGAAGUCCUGUGGAAGUGUUUGUCCCUCCUUGUGUAUCAACUCCAGAGUUUAUCCAUGCUGCUAUGAGGCCAGAUGUCAUUACAGAAACUGUAGUGGAGGUGUCAACUGAAGAAUCUGAACCAAUGGAUACCUCUCCUAUUCCUACAUCACCAGAUAGCCACGAACCAAUGAAAAAGAAAAAAGUUGGCCGUAAACCGAAGACCCAGCAAUCACCAAUUUCCAAUGGGUCUCCUGAGUUGGGUAUAAAGAAGAAACCCAGAGAAGGAAAAGGAAACACAACCUACUUGUGGGAGUUUCUUUUAGAUCUACUUCAAGAUAAAAAUACUUGUCCCCGAUAUAUUAAGUGGACUCAGAGAGAAAAGGGCAUAUUCAAGCUUGUGGAUUCAAAGGCUGUCUCUAAGCUUUGGGGAAAACAUAAGAACAAGCCAGACAUGAACUAUGAAACUAUGGGACGAGCUUUGAGAUAUUAUUACCAAAGGGGUAUUCUUGCAAAGGUUGAAGGACAGAGGCUUGUUUAUCAGUUCAAGGAUAUGCCCAAAAACAUAGUGGUCAUAGAUGAUGACAAAAGUGAAACCUGUAAUGAAGAUUUGGCAGCAGCUGCUGAUGAAAAGUCAUUAGAACGAGUGUCACUAUCUGCAGAAAGUCUCCUGAAAGCAACCUCUGUUCGUGGUGGGAAAAACUCAUCUCCUCUAAACUGCUCCAGAGCAGAGAAGGGUGUAGCGAGAGUUGUGAAUAUCACUUCCCCUGGUCAUGAUGCUUCAUCCCGGUCUCCUACUACUACCACAUCUGUAUCAGCAACAGCAGCCCCAAGGACAGUUCGUGUGGCAAUGCAAGUUCCUGUUGUAAUGACAUCAUUGGGCCAGAAAAUUUCAACUGUGGCAGUUCAGUCAGUUAAUGCAGGUGCACCAUUAAUAACCAGCACUAGUCCAACAACAGCAACCUCUCCAAAGGUAGUUAUUCAGACAAUCCCUACUGUGAUGCCAGCCUCUACUGAAAAUGGAGACAAAAUCACCAUGCAGCCUGCCAAAAUUAUCACCAUCCCAGCUACACAGCUUGCACAGUGUCAACUGCAGACGAAGUCAAAUCUGAGUGGAUCUGGAAGCAUUAACAUUGUUGGAACCCCACUGGCUGUGAGAGCACUUACUCCUGUUUCCAUAGCCCAUGGUGCACCUGUAAUGAGGCUAUCAGUGCCUACUCAGCAGGCAUCUGGCCAGACUCCUCCCCGAGUGAUCAGUGCGGUCAUAAAAGGACCAGAGGUUAAAUCGGAGGCAGUGACAAUAAAGCAGGAACAUGACGUGAAAACGUUGCAGCUAGUACAAGAAGAAAAACCGGCAGAUGGAAAUAAGACAGUGACCCAUGUAGUGGUUGUCAGUGCCCCUUCAGCUAUUGCCCUUCCCGUAACGAUGAAAACGGAAGGACUGGUGACGUGUGAGAAAUAA